AUGCCAUCCUGGAUUCUUAAUAAGGUAUACACUCAAAGGAAAAUAGACAAACCGUGGACGAUUCAAAAAUUAAGAAAAUUCCUAUCGGAUUUGGUAGAAGUGAAUCAACAAGUGAAAAUCGACCAGUAUUCGAAUUUUCGGGCUGAUAGCAAACCUACAACAAUCAAAGGGAGCAAAAACGAAUGUAUAGGCCUGAAAGAACUUCAGCCCUAUCAACGAUGCAAACAAACCAUAGAGAAACAAGAAGCCCAACAAGCAGGAAUAGACCGUGCAUAUUUUGCUCACGUGAUCACUGGGAUAGUGAUUGUGAUAUCUAUUCAACGGUCAAAGGCCGAAUGA